GCUUCUCGACAUUUACAUAAGAUCGCUGUUAGGUGAAGCGACACUCUCAACAGCACAACAUGCAUACAUCAAAGGCAGAUCCACUGAAUCUGCUUUACAUGAACUGGUGAGCCUAAUAGAAAGAUCGUUGCACUUUAAACAAUAUACUCUGGCGGCAUUUCUUGACAUCGAGGGCGCAUUUAAUAACAUUGACGUUGACACCAUCAUAGACUCUUUGAUAGAUAUUGGUGUUGACGACAGUGUUUGUAGAUGGAUACGAUCGAUGCUAGUCAAUAGAAUCAUUCAGGCAACAAAUGGGGCUAGCUCUAUUAUACAUCAUGUGAACAGGGGCACUCCACAGGGCGGAGUGCUCUCACCACUGCUAUGGGUGAUAGCCCUGAACGGUAUAUUGCUAGAACUCAAUAGAGGGGGAGUCAAAGUUGUGGCGUAUACGGAUGAUGUUGUAAUAGCAGCCACAGGUCCAUUCCUCUCUACCGUUAGCGAAAUCCUUGAAGGAACCCUGGGAAGGCUGCAUGCCUGGGCUACGAGAAGCGGCCUAAAUGUGAACCCAGCCAAGACAGAACUUAUCCUAUUUACAAACAGACACAAACUACCACAAUUCAAGCUACCAUCGCUAGACGGCAAGGCGCUCUCAUUGACCCCCAGCGCAAAGUAUCUUGGAGUCGUGCUGGAUAACAAACUUAACUGGAAAGCCAAUGUCGAAUUCCGUAGACAGAAGGCCUACAUAGCAUACUACACUUGUCAGAGAAUCUUCAGUAGAAACUGGGGACUAAAUCCUAAACUUGUGAUGUGGAUGUAUACCGCGAUCAUAAGACCAAUUCUAACAUACGGCGCCUUAGUUUGGUGGCCCGGCCUAAGCAGACAAUAUAAUGUCAGCAAGCUAAGAAGCAUACAAAGGGCAGCAAGCGCAGGAGUAACAGGCGCAAUCCUCAAUUUAAUUCCUAUUGAUCUCCACCUGAAAGAAGUGGCUAUGAAAUCGGCGGUCAGACUCAGAGAGUCGGGCCUUUGGAGGACUAGACACUUCGGACAUGGGUUGAUCAUAAAUCAAAUGCAAUUAAAUAGGACGACAGAUUAUAUCGUAGGCAAUUUGGACUUCAGCUGUAACGUGCAAGUGCUAUUCCCAUCCAGAAGGGACUGGAGAAGAGACCGAGUGGCCUACCGAGAGAAGAUCUCUCUAUACACCAAUGGAUCCAAGAUGGAUUGCGGUGUGGGAGCAGGUGUCUACUCCAAGGAACUCGGCGUGGCUCUGUCUCUACGGUUGGGAAAUAAUACAAGCAUCUUCCAAGCGGAAGUCCUAGGGAUCCUAGAAGCCUGCAAAAUCCUAGGCAAUAGAGUUGGACACAGCGGUAAAGCAACAAUAUACUCUGACAGCCAGGCGGCGCUAUUGGCAAUAGCGUCACCGGUUACCAAAUCCAAGCUAGUUGGGGAAUGCAAAGUAAUAUUGCGCUCAGUGUCUCAGUCAAAUACCGUCUCUCUUGUCUGGGUUCCCGGACAUAGGAACAUAGAAGGCAAUGAGAAGGCGGAUGAGUUGGCGAAGGCAGGAGCCGGUUUGGAUGAAUCCCAGGCAGUGGCAUUGGGUUGCCCUCUUGGAGUAGUCCAAAGAGAGAUUACUACGCAUUUCCUUGAACUGGCUAGACGCAGGUGGUCAGAUAUACAGACUUGCAAGAUAGCGAGAAAACUAUGGCCUGACUAUAAUAGGGCGAAAACCUUGGACCUGCUAAGCAGGUCAAGGCCAGAGGUAUUUAGAAUUUUAGCAACCAUCACGGGCCACUGGCCCAUAGGCAAACAUGCGGCAAAAAUAGGUCUACCCCAUAAUAUGAUUUGCCGCAGCUGUCAACUAGAAGAUAGCGAAGAAAGUGUCCAGCAUUUACUGUGUGAAUGUCCAGGCCUUUCGAACAUUAGACACAAGACGUUAGGAAAACAUCUAGUAGCAGAACUAACCGACCUAUCAGGAGCUACCAUUAGCGAAAUCGGCAGAUUCAUUAGACAGUGGAAAUGGUUCGACCUAGCAACAUAGGAAGUGCAUAGACAAGAUAUUUAUCCCCCGCGAGAAGUGCAUCAAAAUGGCGCAAUACUGCGCUGAUUGUAUCCCAGGCAGCGACCAGGAAGCACUGCAACCAACCAACCAACCCUCUUGACACACUGCAACAACCGUUCCCAAGCGCCCCCCUCUGCCGGGUAGAAAAGCGAGUUAAAAAUCCACUCUACGCCCCAUUGCGAUAGCUCACUCUGCAGGCGAUCGCAAUCGAAUACUUCACUGACUGAAGUGCUUUGCUUCCAAUACAGCACCGACGAAGUUCUUCCCAUUGUCGGACCUCAUACGUACGGGAACGCCGCGACGAUUUAUAAAGUUUCGCAUUGCGACUAUACAUGAGUCAGUGCUGAGGUCAUGGGCCAACUCCAAAUGUACGGCCCUGACGGCGCGAAAAAUCGGUCCAAAGUAAUCAAGGCCCGUAUAGCUGAACGGCCUGAUAUGGGGAGUUAGCCUUUCAAUUGGAAUCGGACCCAUCAAUGGUGGAACGGCGUGGAUUUUCUUUAGGCGGCAUAGGGUGCAUUUGGCGAUUACACUGCGCAGCAAACUUCUGAGGCGUGGUACCCAGUAACUGCGACGUAUCUCGCAAAUAGUGGCUUCCAGAUUUUGAUUAUGCAUUUUGAUGUGAUAGUGCAUGGUGACCAUAUUUGUGAAAUCAUGCCUUGGGGGCAGUAAGGUUGGUCGUCUCGUUCAUAUUGGGAGGCAGCUGGCAGCAUCUACGCGUCCUCGUACACGAAGAACACCAUCUUCGUCAAUAUAAGGCGAAAUUUGAAUAAGCGAACUGGUGCGUGGUAAGUCCUGCCCGCUUUUGAUCCACUGAAACUCCUCGGCGUAUUCACCACGCUGAACAAGACGGCACAAACAAAGCUUAGCAGUCUCGACUUCUUUGGCUGUCAGCCCAUAGCAUCCGUCUGGCGGCGGCAAAUGUCAAUGAAUCUUAGGAGCAUGCUGUCGUCCUCAGCAGUUUGCUGAAUGAAGAAAAUCGGUUGUAAUCUAAAAUUGUAAAACUUACGAUCGCAAGGGCGAAUUUAGGGCGAAGUUCCUUGACAGCUUCCUCAUGAUGAUUGUAUUUGAAGCCCUCUCCCGGCCAAGCCUGCUCUUUUCGGACCAACGUGCAGAUGAGCUGAAGUCGACAAAGUUAUUAGCUCGAGUGGCCUCAUCGGAGAUAUUGUCCUCGGUAGUUAGCCAUAUCCCAUUUGCGAUAGAAGUUGCGGCUAAUAUCGCGGAGAUCCGAUGCUGCACAAAUGGCUUAUAGCGCCUAUGUUCACUGAGAAGCCACUCGAUUACUGUUUUGGAGUCACUCCAAAUGAUGCAGUCAUCAAUGUCAAAGGAGUGCUCCUCCCGGACGCAGCUCAUCAAACGCGUACCCAGCACGCCUGACUGAAGCUACAAUCGAGGCACCGUCAAUGACUUCAUCGGCGCGUAUUUGGUUUUUGCGCAGAUAAAUGCGACUUCCACCUCACCGACGGCAUUGGUUGACCUCCAGUAGGCCACCGCAGCAAAGGCAUCCUC